CAGCGCCGGAAAAUGGGCUUCUUGAAGUGGGGCGGGGAGUGGAACUUGUUUUGGGUGGCUUGUCUUUCGGUGCCCAGCCCGAGGCGUUUCAACUUGGCGGUGAAUUCGAUAAGCAAUCCACCCUGAAAUGGCGCCAGAAGGGUAGAUUCCCAGCCGGGCCCGCCAUAUAUUGGCCGGCUACGAUAAAGGUUAACUCGAUACAUGUGAUGCCUCCCUGUCCCGGUCCAAACGCCACGAUGCUUGAAGAAGAAAGUAAUUUUGAAGAAAAGGAGGCGCCAGAACAGGCAGUUUCCUAGCCGGGUCAGCCACAUAUUGGCCGGCUUUAAUAAAGUUUGACUCAAUACAUAUGAUACCUCCCCGCCCCGGUACAAACGUCUCAAACACCUCCGUUCACCCCUAAACGUCCCCCACAUAACCGUGCAUCGUUCUAAUCCUAUACCAGGCCACAUUUCCAUAUUGCAAUCAUGUCCUGCCAGACACCCACGCCGCCCCUCGAGGGAACUGCCGCCCCGCCACCCUCGCCGGCCUCCACCGUGUGGUCGGACGACGACGCGACCACAUUCUGCGGCUCGCCUAGGCCGUGCUCCCCUUUCUCGAGCGCGGCGGAUCCGGCGUACGUAUUUGACCGCCGCGUGCCCGGGUAUUUCCCGUCAUGGCCGGACCCCAGCACUUCCGCCCUUCUGCGCACCAGCACUCCCCCUCUUCUGCGCGGGCAGGAGCCCCCUCCGCACGGGAAGACGGCGCAGGCCGGGUGGGCGACCAGGGACGCCUACACCCAGCGUCUGGACGCGGGGAACAGGGACCCGGCGUUUACCCCGACCGGGCCGUCCGACUUCUCCCGCGCGGCGGAUCCAGCUGGCACCUGGGACAGCCGCUCCCCUCUCCCCCCGGCCGCGCUGCCGCCCCCAAGCGCGUUUUCCCCUCCCCACGGGCUGUUGUGGCAGCCGAGCCAGCCGAGCCAGCCGAGCCAGCCGACACAGCCGACCCAAGGCGCGACAGGCCACCCGCUCGGACACGCGCCUUUCUCGGCUGCAUCCGCGGCGCCGGCGGGGGCUGCCUGGUAUGGAGGUCGCAACGAGACGGCCCAAACGACAAGGAAGCGUGCCGCCCCGAGCAGCGACGACGGCGAGCGGCACCAGAGGAGGAGGGCUCACGUAAAGAUGCAGGCUCACGUCACGAUGCAGGCUCACGCCACAAUACAGGCUCACGCCACGAUACAGGCUCACGUCACGAUACAGGCUCACGUCACGACGCAGGCUCACGCCACCUAA